UUCAUUUCUUGUUUUCAUGGUUCACUUUCCCAGACGAGAAGAACAGAGAGAAACUUUAAGAAAAACAGCCAGAGUUGAGAGAAAAGAAAGAAAACAAUGAAAAGAGCGCCAUCUCAACCCCUCUUUGAUAUUGGUGAUGAGAGUGGAUAUGAAGUGUUAGAAUUACCUGAAGAAAGAGAAGAAGAGGAAGGAAUGGCAAGGAAAUUCGUUAUAGAAGAAUGUGGUGAUGAAAUUGAUGGUAUAUCAGAGAAAUUCCAGUGCUUAGCCCUCCAUAAGAAUCAAACAGCCAAACGAGGUGAGGAGUUACUCUUGGAGAACCAAAGUCUGUGGAGGCAAGAGCAAAAGAACAGAGCAGCAAAGCUAGAGAAGCAGCUCAAGGUGAGGUGGGAACUUGAGGAGCUAAUUGAAGAACAACUUAAUAGGUUCCAUGCCCAUUACUGCCGAGCCAUGGUACCUACCCAGCUUAAAGAUGUUGCUCGACUCCUCAUGCCGAAAUGGCCACCCCAGGAGUUGGCCUCCCUAACUUGGCUUGGCGAUUGGCGGCCCUCAGCCAUGCUUAACCUUGUCCGUGGCCUGGCCUGUUCAUCAUUAUCAUUGACCUCCUACUUAUCAGAAUCAGACUCAAUGGGAAAUAAACAACUCCUAUCCCAGCUUAUACAUGAGAUGCACAUUGAGGAGGCAAUACUUGAUGAGGAAAUGGCUGAGAUUCAAGCUACAUGUAUCCUACACAUUCCCUUCAACCCAAUUAACAACUCAUCAAGUGGUUCUGCCUUGGGAUGUAUUCACUCUGAGUUCAAGAAGAUCGAACAUGUCAUCACUAAGGCCCAAAACCUCAGGUUCAAGGCACUUGAGUUGGUAGUGAAGAAGGUGUUGAGCCAAACUGAAGCAGCAGAGUUCCUAGUCGCAUUUGAGGGAAUUCAAGAUGUAAUUCAUCAAUAUGCAGCCAACCAAAGGUUUCAAAAGGGUCCAGUUACUGUGUCUGCCAAGGUGUCUAAAUGUACUUGAGAUCAAAUGAAUGCUAGUAGCUCGUCCAUCAAUUUGCAGCCAACCAAAGGCUUAGAAAGGGUCCUCACUAUGUCUGCUAUGGUCUUUGGGUGUACUUGAGAUCAAACAAAUUCUAGUAGCUCACCUGAAGAAACAUUAUCUGCCGAGGAAGAUAAAUAUAUUGCAUCAGUAAUACAACUAUAGAAAGAAGAGAAGUUGUUAAAACUAGUUGUAACCUUCUCACUCUCAGUCUAUUGUUGCUGUAACGUAUAUUGAUUUUAUCUUUUUUGUUUUAGCUGUAGGGUAUUUUGUUAGUGUCUUGUUUGUGGGAACUUUAAGAGAAUAGAGCACUGCUCUGGGGGACAAUAUUGUGCCGUCCUGAUAUGUUAAAUGAAACAUAUUACGUUGUUCUUUCAUGAAAACUUAUCUGAGUUUAGAUGACUAUGAUGAGCCGAAUUUUG